AUGGCAAGGCGCAAGGCCGCCAGCAGCUGCUGGCGAGGCGAACCGUCCACAUCCUCGGCGGUUAUGCCUGUUAUUUCCCUUCCACUUCUGUUGCUGGCGACGUUAAUGAUGGCAACCUGUGCAACUGGCGAUGACGAUCUACCUAACUUGGCCCUGCGUCAGGCAACAUAUGCAUCAUCAGUCAACUGGACGUGGGAAGUGUCCACUUACCUCUACCCAGGUUACGCGGUGGAUGGAGUCACGGAGUAUCCAAGUCCCCUCCAUGCAUCCACCUUAAGCUUAUUUCACUCGGAGGCCUCCGAUCCGACGCCUUGGAUUUCUGUUGACCUGGGUGCCGUGGCACUUGUGAAGCGGGUUGUCAUCAUCAACCGACGUGAUUGCUGUCAGGAUCGACUGCGGAAUGCAGAGCUGCGCAUUGGGAAUGUCAGCAUUACUAAUGCAGCAGGCGGGGGUGAUACACGCAACAUUACAGGAAACCCCCUGGUCUGGCAGCAAGAUGCCGGUACCUAUAUCAAUGCUUCAGCGACCAUCCCCUUUGACACGCCCAAGGUCGGACGAUGGGUCACGUUACAAAUUAAGCAACCUACAUUACAAAUCACGGAGAUCCAAGUCUUUGGAUAUUACGCCGCCUCCGCAGGCCAACAGCGCUUAUAUAUCCGAUGCAACUCAUCAGGAAGGAGGCGGCCCCGGUGA